CAAUCACAUUUUCUAUUUGAUCAAACGAAACGAAGAGAAGCAGCAGCACAUUUGCAUUAGCGAUCAGCACCAUGGCCGAGGAGAUCCAGAACAAGAUUCAUGAACUCGACAUCCUUACCGAGGAAUUGUCAACACUGAGGCCAAAGGCGACUGUCUAUGCCAAACGAGUGCCCUCUUCAAAACUACUCUUUCUCGAAAAUAAGACCCUGCUUACUUCGGCGAAAAAGAAGGAAUUUGCUGAAGCCAAGGCCGAUUUGGCUGUUAUUCCGGAUCGGGCAAAUAUUUGAGCUAGUGUAGCAGAGCUGCCUUCAGUUCAGAUCGAUCCAGUCCAUCUGCAGCAGGAAUGGCACAAGAACGGCUGUGGCAACAACUGUGCGUAUUCAGGAUUCCCCCCGCCAAAUUCGUCCAUUCGUAAAAUGCAUAAUGCGUUACCUAGGGUGCUCCAAGAUCAUUUUGUAGGGCAAAUAAAAAAUAAUAGCAGUGAGUCAAAGUGUGC